AUGGAGGAGAAUACGACUUCCGAUGUUACUACUGCGACUUCUACUGUAAACGUUACCAAUUCUCCUAUUACGACUUAUGAAACCGUAGAGACAACCAGUGUGGUUUCCGAAAGUGAGCCAAUAAUUACCGAAACUGUUACAACUACCGAGACAAUGUCUAGUAAGGUCGUAGAGAAAACAAUACCCACCAUCACUACGCCCGUAUUAACUGAACAUAUAAUUAUGUCCACGCCUAUAGUAACAACUGAAACAAAAGUAUCCACACCUAUUAUAACUGAAAUCGUGGAUUCAAAGUUGGCAUCGGUUACUAAAAGUGAGCCAAUGAGGAAAACGGAUGAAUCUAUAAACGAUAAUGAUAAUGUUAUAUCUUCGGAAACAACAAAUGAAAUUGGAGAAAAAAUUAUUGAAAAAGAUUCUUCGGAAAAACCUGGGGGGAAAAUUCAACAAAAUGAAUCAAAUGUUAAUGAAAAUAUGAGAUCUAUUUCUGAUAACGCCGAUUAUACUACUGACGCAAAUAUUCCUAAUGAAAACGUUGGUCAAAAACAGGCUAACACGCAACUUAAGAGAAGAAAAACUAAAAUUAAAAAUCGUAUGUCAACUGGUAAAGUUCGUAGAAUUUAUUCAAAUAUUGAUUUACCAAAAGAUGACCUUGACCGAAAGGGCAGACCAAAGGCUAAAUAUGUUACCAAUAAAAUUGUCACUUCGAAGUAUACUAUGUGGACUUUCUUACCAAAAAAUUUGUUUGAACAAUUUCGAAGAGCUGCAAACUUAUAUUUCUUGUUCAUGGCUAUACUUGGUAUGAUACCAAUCAUUAGUGUCAAUAAUCCAAUUUUGACAUUGCUUCCUCUGUCAACUGUCGUAUUCUUUACUGGACUUAAAGAUGCCAUCGAGGAUCGAAAUAGACAUCAAAUUGACAAACAAUUUAAUAGCGCGAUAUGCUAUCAUCUUCAAAAUUUUGUUAACGUUAAUUAUCCAAUAUAUCAAAAGGUACCGUUUGGGAGAAGGAUGAUUCUUAGAAUUAAAUCCUUAUUUAAAAGUUCAUCAACAGAUGAAACCCCCCCACAGAACAUAAUAGAAGAUCCAAAUUCAAUUGAUGAUGAUGAUUCGCCUCCAUCCGAACCUUCGAAUGAAAAACUUGGAUCUCCUAGAUUCAGAAAAGUCAUGUGGAGGAAUGUUCGUGUCGGUGACUUUUUGCUCCUUAGGAAUAAUGAUGCUGUGCCGGCUGAUGCCAUUAUUUUGUCAACAUCUGAGUCUGAAGGAACUUGUUUUGUGGAAACAAAAGAUCUUGACGGCGAAACUAACUUGAAACCUCGUCGAAGUGUUCCUGACACAAGAAAAAUACGUUCCCCCGACGAUUGCGUUAAAGCCACCUUUUACGUUGAUUCGGAAGCCCCAAAUUCAAAUUUAUAUUCUUAUAGUGCAAAAUUGAUCAUGACUGAACCAAAUGAAGACCAUGAUGAUCAUACGUCGACAUCUGUUGAAAGACCUUCUAUUCCUUCGCCAAGAAGUAGCAUCGCUCUCUCAGAACGUAAAUGGAAACAGCGAAAGACUAUUCCGGUUGACAUCAAUAAUUUAUUAUUGAGAGCUCAUGUUAUACGUAAUACAGAAUGGGUUAUUGCUAUAACUGUAUUCACUGGUGUUGAAACUAAAAUCAUGCUUAAUUCUAGCGAGACGCCAAGUAAACGUAGUAGAAUUGAAAAAGAAAUGAAUCGCGAGGUCAUCCUUAAUUUUUUCGUUCUCAUCAUUCUUGGUUUGAUUUGUGCAAUUGGCAGUGCGUUAUCGUCAGAGGCAUUAAAAAAUCGUGACGCUGAUGUUGCUGUUACUAAUCUGGAUUCAAAUCGUGAUGGUGUUUUUUUGGCCGCAUUCAUUACCUUUAUGUAG